GUUCGCAGGUUUCCUGGUCAGUGCGUCUGAUGCUCGAGUCGGAGUCACGUCUCUGUGGAUAAUCUCAUCGAGCUGUUCUUCUGAAUACAUCGAUAUGAAGGCGCUAACGGGGCUGCUGCUGUUGGUCUUUGGCCACGGUGUGUCCUCAGUGCUUCACUCUAUGCAGUAUUUCCUCACGGGGUCGUCUGGACUCACAACCUUCCCAGAGUUUGUUGCUGUUGGGAUGGUGGAUGGAGUUCAGUUUGACUACUAUGACAGCAACACCCAGAGAGUAGUCCUCAAACAGGACUGGAUGGAGCAGGUCACCAGAGAGGACCCCGACUACAUGGAGAGGAACACUGGAAAGGCUCAGGGUGCCCAGCAGACCUUCAAAGCCAACAUUGGGAUUGCCAAGCAGCGCUUUAACCAGACAGGAGGUGCCCACAUGUUUCAGUUCAUGUGUGGUUGUGAGUGGGAUGAUGAGGAUGAUUCUACUGAUGGUUAUCACCAGUUUGGUUAUGAUGGAGAGGACUUCAUAGCGUUCGACCUGAAGACCCUGACCUGGGUCGCUCCAGUACGUCAGGCUGUCACCACCAAACUGAGAUGGGAUCAGGAUAGAGCUCUGAAUCAACACAGGAAGAACUACCUCACCAAGGAGUGUGUUGAUUGGCUGAAGAGGUACCUGGCCUAUGGGAAGAGCACUCUGCAGAGAACAGAGCGUCCGCGGGUGUGUCUGCUCCAGAGGAGCCCCUCCUCCCCAGUGGUGUGCCAUGCUACAGGCUUCUACCCUGACAGGGUGGUGGUGUUCUGGAGGAGAGACGGCCAGGAGCUCCAUGAGCAGGUGGACCCCGGGGAGGUCCUCCCCAACCACGACGGGACCUUCCAGGUCAGCGUGGACCUCAACCUCACAGCCGUCCCACAGGAGGACUGGGGGAGGUACGAGUGUGUGGUCCAGCUGAAAGGCAUCGAGGACAUCUCCACCCCCCUGGACCCCGCCCUCAUCAGGACCAACUGGGGUAGGGUGACCAGAUCCCAAUUCACCAGAUGUGGGUCAAAGACUACGUUUGUGUGGGACAAUGUGGGACAAUGUGGGAUACCAAUGCAUCGAGCUGCCCCACCCAGACGCAGCACAGUGGACGUGGUCUCCCUUCAGCGUCAGCUUUUGGAGGAAGUUAAAAUGCUGAGGCGUACUCAGGAGCAACUCCUGCAGGUGGAGAGGGAAAAGCUGCUCGUCGAGAGGGAGAAGCUUCGCCUUGCCCAAGACAAGUCUGAUUAAAAGAAAUAAUAAUGCUGAACCUAGAAUAAAACAGCAAUCACUCAGAGGUUUUCAUGUGUGGUUUAUU